AGACUCCGCGUCCACGGGAAUUAAGCACACGGUGUCGCUCGAGACCGUGGGGUAGGCCUACAUCGCUGUGGUCAUUUCAAAGCCCCUCCUCUCGGACGAGGGUUCAAUUACGUGACAGUGUGUAGCAAGUCCUCAUUUGAAUCGAAGGUAGAUGGUAGUGCAGCGCUCUAUGGCAUGGUCAUUUGAUGGAUUCUUAUGCGUUUUGUGGAAUUCAUGUGAAUAUUUUUUGAUUCCGGUCCCGUUCAAUGACAGAGAUGGGCCGUGGCGAUGGCAGAGGAAGCGUUUGGAUUAUUCAUAUUCUCGUCCUUUGUCUAUUUGAGUGCUCAGUCGCUCUGCUGUCCUAUACCGUUUCCGAGGAGGCAGACAAAGGCACAGCUGUUGGAAAUCUCGCAAAGGAUUUAAAUAUAAAUGUACGCCAACUGGAAUCUAGGGGUCUACAGAUCGUAUCUGGUCAUAGUAAGAAACAUUUCGAUGCAAAUUUAAUAACGGGAGCUUUGACGGUGGGCGAGAGAAUGAACCGUGAAGAGCUGUGUCCACACUUGGCCAAAUGCAUUUUAAAAAUUCAGGCUGUAUUAAGUAAUCCGAUAAAUAUUUACCGAAUAGAAGUUAAUGUUUUAGAUAUAAAUGACAACGGGCCCGUUUUUCUGGAACAAAACCACGCAUUUAACAUCUCUGAAUCAUCUUCGACUGGAGAAAGAUACCCUCUCCCAGCUGCGAUCGACCCAGACGAAGGCAGCAAUUCAGUGCAUAACUACAAACUAAACCAAAACGAUUAUUUCUCUCUCGAUGUACAGGGCAGUGGAGAGGAGACCGUGUCUGCUGAGUUAGUUCUCAAAAAAGCCCUAGACCGCGAACAUGAGCAAGUCAUUAAGCUUACACUGACCGCUAUCGACGGAGGAAAACCGGUUAAAACGGGCACUUUGAAAAUUACAGUGAACAUAAUUGACGUAAACGAUAAUACUCCUGCUUUUGGCAAAAUGCUUUACAAGAUACGUGUUAACGAAAGCGUACCGGCAGGUACAACUGUUAUUAAAUUGGACGCCACAGAUUUAGACGAAGGGUCAAAUGCCGAAAUUAUAUACAGCUUCAUGAAACGUGGAAAUGUAAAGUCAUAUGAUAAAUUCGAUAUCGAUGCGUUCAGUGGAGAAGUGACGGUCAAAGAGAGUUUGGAUCACGAGACAAACGCAGCGUACGAGCUCCGUGUACAGGCCACGGAUAAAGGUGCUUCCCCUCGCAGUGGUUAUUCUAAACUGCUCGUGGAGGUUGUCGAUGUGAACGAUAACGCCCCAGAAAUAUCAAUUACGUCGGUAAACAGUCCUCUCAAAGAGGAUGCCGAGAGAGGCACGGUUGUUGCUUUAAUUAAUGUGUUGGACACAGACAGUGGAAAAAAUGGACAAACUAAUUGUAGAAUCAUUGGUUCUGUGCCAUUUUCUCUUAAGCUGAACUACAAAAAUGAGUACUCGAUGAUCGUAGAUGGGGCACUUGACCGAGAAAUCACGUAUCAAUACAAUAUAACCAUCGCAGCGACAGACGAAGGGACCCCACCCAUCUCUAGUACCAGCCUUGUUGUUGUUCAACUUUCUGACGUGAAUGACAACCCGCCGCGCUUCAGAGAACCCGUUUACAAUGUUUAUGUCAAAGAGAAUGAUCGGGUAGGCGAUGUAAUUUACAAAGUGACAGCAUUCGACCCUGAUGUCAAUGAAAAUGCGCAAAUAACGUAUUCAUUACAAGCUAUCCCAACAACAAAUGUUCAAAUAUCAUCCCUUAUUAAUAUGAAUUCAGAAACAGGCGACAUUCUCAGCCUUCGUUCUUUCAACUUUGAAGAGUUUAAAACAUUCAGUUUCAAAGUCCAGGCCACAGAUUCUGGGGUUCCUCCACUGAGCAGCAACGUGAUUGUUAACGUUUUCAUCCUGGAUGAGAAUGACAACAGUCCCGGGAUUCUACCCCCCUAUUCUGAACACGGCUCCGUUAACAGUGAGAACAUUCCCUACUCUGCUGAAGCGGGAUACUUUGUGGCUAAAAUCCGGGCCGUAGACGCAGACUCUGGUUACAAUGCACUGCUUUCUUAUCACAUCUCUGAACCCAAAGGAACCAAUCUCUUUCGGAUCGGAACCAGCACCGGUGAAAUCAGGACUAAGAUACGGAUGAGUGACAAUGACCUGAAAACUCACCCGUUGGUCGUGUUGGUUUGUGAUAACGGAGAGCCCUCCCUGACAGCUACUGUGUCUAUUGAUGUCGUUGUGGUUGAAAACACAGGAGACCUUCAGACUCAGUUAAGACACGUGCCGCUAAAGGAGGACAGCUUCUCUGCUUUAAACCUGUAUUUGCUGAUCGCCAUUGCGUCGGUGUCAGUAAUCUUUCUACUGAGUCUCAUCAGUUUAAUAGCAGUCAAAUGCCACCGGACAGACAACAGUUUCAGCAGGUACAGCGCCCCAAUGAUCACCACCCACCCUGACGGGAGCUGGUCUUACUCUAAAUCUACUCAGCAGUAUGACGUGUGUUUCAGCUCAGACACACUGAAGAGUGACGUAGUAGUGUUCCCUCCUCAAUUCCCGCCUGUUGAUGGAGAACUCAUCAGUAUAAAUGGAGGAGACACGUUAAACAGAACUCAGACUUUACCAAAUAAAGAUAAGGUAAGAGUUUCACGAGUUGCUUUAAAUACAACUGAUAAAUGUAUGUCGUCAUUGCACUUUGUUUCUACAUUCAUUAAUUCCCUUUUUUGUGCAGCAAACGUUUAUAUUGAUGUAUACACAACAACAAUGAUAUUGAUAGAGUGUCGUCAGUACGAUACCCAGACUCCUCCUCUGUAUGACGAGGUGGCCGUUGUCCACUACAGCUUUGUGUGGAGGAACACAAAUGACGAGGAAGCAGCGAGGGAAGAGCUGUGCGCUAUAGUCAGCAAUCUAGUCCUAAACGUUCGUGUAUCGUAA